AUAUUUAAUCAGUAUCCUUUUUUACUCUUACAAAGAAUCAUGGAAAUCAAUCCGUUAAGUGUAAUACUUGUCAAAAGUGACAGCAAAGGUGACAGACUUUUAUUUCGAUAUCCACAUAUGAUGAGUCACGUACGUGAUUCUAAACAAUGCACAAAACGUAAAAAUCCAUAUUCAUUGACAACUAGCGAAGAUUUAUUGCAGCAGUCUCUGCCAUUUCCAACUUCUAACAUUAACAAUGGAAAUCUUACCGGAUUAAAGGAUGAAGUACUUUCAACGUUAUUUGCAGUAAAACCGGAAUUAUGCGAACAGAAAUUUGAAUUGAAAGUAAAUGAUGUUCGCUUUGUUGGACAUCCUACUCUUAUACCACAACGUGGUUUUAAAGAAGUCAAUUCUUCUAUGCUCUUUAAUGUUGUCUUUGCUUUACAAGCACAAGCAAGUCAUUCUGUAGUAAAAUGUUAUUACGAUUUAAGCAGAAGAUUGGGUAUCGCAUUGAGACACGAAGAAAAAAGAUGUGGCUUUUUAACAGAUGAAAUUAAGAUUAUGGUAUCGACUCAUGAUGAAAUUACUGCUAGAUCUGAGGGUGAAAGCGACAGUGAUGAAUCUCCUUAUGAAUUAAUACUACAAAAAAGUUUACUAGCUCGUAAUUUAAAAACAGUCUUCAGUAGUCUUAGUACUUGCGGUAUAAUUAAUAUUAUGAUCAAUAAAUGGAUACAAGUGCGCUUUUGUCUUCCACAGAAGGUACACCAAUCGUAUAAGAAAGGUUUCUUUAUUAAUCCUGAGAUUAUUGAUAGAUGUUUAAACAGUUUAAGACCAUACCAUGGACUACUUUUGUUAAUUGAACCUUCAGAUUUAUUAGAUUCAUUGCCAAUAGAUUCUUCUCCAGCAUUAAGACGUCUAAUUCAAAUGUAUAAUCCAUUAAAGAGUAUACAAACAUUAGCUGCUGAUUCAGAUUUAACACUAACACAAGUAUUUCAACUAACCGGACAUUUAGUUUAUUGGGCUAAAGCUAGAAUAAUUUAUCCACUUUGCGAGAGUAACGUUUAUGUUGUAUCACCGGAUGCUGUUUUAUCUAAUCAAUUAUUGGAAGCAUUUUCAGAACAAUUUCCAGGACUUUGUCUACUACAAGUCAUUAGCGAUUUUUCCUUACCAACGUCAAUCAGUCAAAAAUUAAAUCCUUUAAGUCAACCACAGCAACAAACUCAAUUAGUAAAAGUCAUCAUAUGGUUACUUAAAAAUCAUUUGCUUUUGCAACUACAUACAUAUGUUCAAUAUAUGCCAACGGUGCAUGGUCUUGUAUUACCGGACUCGAAGGAACAAACAACUUUUGAUGUAAAUAAUAUUGACGAAGCUGAAAGUUCUUGGGAUUUUGAUGAAACUAGUAAAGGAAUAAUUACCGAUAUAAAAGAAGAAUUGUCGCAUACUUUACAUAAAAAAGAUAUAUUUUUUAAUUAUCCGUCGGAAAGUUAUGAUAUUCCAUCGGACGACAGAAAGUUACUUGAUAAAUUGUGUCGCCUCGGUUAUUUUAAUGGUGGACAUCAUUUGGAAGAAAUAAUGUAUUUAGAAAACAUUCGAAGAUCUCAAUUGUUGCAAAUAUUAGAUAAAUUUCGUGAUAUAUUAAUAACGCGCGAAUGUGAGGAUCCUGCGAUAGAUAUGUUUCAUACUGAAUUAGGAUCUUAAGGAUAUUGUUUUGUAUGAUAAUAUAAUAAUAAUGAAAAUAAAUAGUAUUUAAAAUAUU